CAGAAAUAUCAAACCAGGAAGAUGGCGGGAACGAAGAGUGGAGGAGAGCCGCCUCAGAGCAUUAAUUUUCCGCCAGAUCGUCUCGCUUUUGUCCACGAUUGCGGUUCGUCGUCAGCGAAUUAGAUGAACAGAGAGCAUUCUGCACAUUUUAUUUGGUGUUAGUCGGUAUUGCCCUGUGGAGAGAUCGGUGGUGAAGUUUCUGGGAGGCAAAAUUUUGGGUUUCGAAUUUGGAGCUGGGAGGUUUGUGGAGUUAGAUGCAUGAGGAGUAAGUGAUUGCGGUGGAGAAUUGGACGUGGGAGAAGAAGAAACGGAUGGGAUGGAGAUUUUAGUGUAGUUUGGAAUUUUGUUUGGAGUGUGGAGGUUUUGCAGGUGUUGAAUUUUACGGGUGGAAUUGGCAUUAUGGAUUCGAAGAAGAGAACCGGUAUGCAUGCUAAUUUGCCGCCUUCGAAGCGGCUGCAAGCAAAUGGUCAAGGUUACCCGCCGCCACUAGUACUGCCACCAGAUGUCAUGGAGGAAGAGGAUGAGGACGUAUUUUUGGAGGAGACCUUAUUACGUGAUGAAGAGAUGAAUGCAUCCCGGGCUGCAGUAGCUGCUCUGUUCACCAAAUGGAGACGCCCUGCCAUUUCUAGCCUUGAUACUGAAACGAGCAGCUUAGUGUUUCAGCAGCUUGAGAUUGAUUACGUCAUCGGGGACAGCCACAAAGAACUCUGUCCUUACAGAAGUGGACCAGCUGCGGUACUUCGCAUGUUUGGGGUGACACAAGAAGGAAACAGCGUUUGUGGUAAUGUACAUGGUUUUGAACCAUAUUUCUAUAUCAGCUGUCUUGAUGGUAUUGGGCCGGACGAUGUUCCUAAAUUUCGUAGUACUUUGGAGACACGCAUGCGAGAGGCAAACAGGAAUAGCAAAACUCAAAACUUUAUUACCAAGAUCGAGAUUGUACAGAAGCGUAGUGUUAUGUACUAUCAAGUGCAGAAGGCUCGUUCUUUCUUGAAAAUUGUUGUUGCUUUGCCAACCAUGGUGGCUGGUUGUAGAGGAAUCCUGGAAAAAGGUAUCAAUAUCGAUGGCAUCGGUCAACGGUGUUUCUUGACAUAUGAGAGCAAUGUGCUAUUUGCACUGCGUUUCAUGAUUGAUUGCGAUAUUGUUGGUGGAAAUUGGAUUGAGCUUCCAGCUGGAAACUACUGCAAGAGUACAAGACGGUUGUCCUAUUGCCAGUUGGAAUUGGACAUACACUACAGCAAAAUUGUCAGUUAUGCACCAGUAGGUCAAUACUCGAAGAUGGCCCCGUUUCGGAUUCUAAGCUUUGACAUUGAGUGUGCUGGGAGAAAAGGUCAUUUCCCAGAGCCAGAGCAUGAUCCUGUCAUUCAGAUCGCCAACUUGGUUACAGUGCAAGGUGAGCAGCGACCCAUGGUGAAGAAUGUCAUGACUCUAAAGUCAUGUUCACCUAUUGUUGGUGCUGACGUGAUGUCAUUCGAUACAGAGAAAGAGGUUCUUCUUGCUUGGCGGGAGUUGGUCACAGAAGUAGAUCCGGAUAUUAUCAUUGGAUACAACAUUUGUAAAUUUGACUUACCCUAUCUUAUCGAGAGGGCACAGAAGUUGAACGUGGUUGAAUUUCCAAUGCUUGGACGUAUAAGAAACAGUCGACUUCGUAUUAAAGAUGCGUCUUUUUCGUCAAGGCAAUAUGGCAUUAGAGAAAGCAAAGAAGUGACAAUAGAAGGACGGGUCCAAUUUGAUCUUCUUCAGGCCAUCCAAAGGGACUACAAACUUAGUUCUUACUCAUUGAACUCAGUUUCUGCGCACUUUCUAGGAGAGCAGAAGGAGGAUGUGCAUCAUUCUAUUAUCUCUGACCUUCAGAAUGGCAAUUCUGAAACUCGCCGAAGGUUAGCAGUUUAUUGUCUGAAGGAUGCUUAUCUUCCUCAAAGAUUAUUGGACAAGCUUAUGUUCGUUUACAAUUAUGUUGAAAUGGCUCGCGUUACGGGUGUUCCCAUUUCCUUCCUUCUUGCUAGAGGCCAGAGUAUCAAGGUCUUAUCACAACUCUUGAGAAAAUCGAAGCAAAGGAAUUUUGUGUUGCCUAAUGUCAAGUCUCAAGGAGCAGGAGGAGGAGAGACCUUUGAAGGAGCUACUGUAUUAGAUGCUAAAGCAGGGUACUAUGACAAGCCAAUUGCCACUUUGGAUUUUGCAUCAUUGUACCCCUCCAUCAUGAUGGCGUACAAUCUUUGUUACUGCACUUUGGUUAGAGCAGAGGACCUGCAGAAGUUCAUGUUGGGACCAGAAGAAGUGACUAAAACUCCAUCCGGAGAUGUGUUUGUUAAACCCAGUUUGGAAAAGGGAAUAUUGCCUGAGAUUCUUGAAGAGCUGCUAGCAGCACGCAAGCGAGCAAAAGCUGAUUUGAAAGAAGCAACAGACCCGUUGGAGAAGGCUGUGUUGGAUGGUCGGCAGCUUGCCCUCAAGGUGAGUGCCAACUCAGUGUAUGGAUUUACGGGGGCAACAGUUGGGCAGCUGCCAUGUCUUGAGAUCUCUUCCAGUGUUACGAGUUUUGGGCGCCAGAUGAUCGAUCAUACAAAGAAAUUGGUUCAGGAGCGCUUUAAUACAUCAAACAGUUACAGUUAUGAUGCUGAGGUUAUCUAUGGAGACACAGACUCGGUCAUGGUGCAGUUUGGAACUCCUGAUGUUGAUGAAGCCAUGAAGUUGGGAAGGGAGGCCGCACAGCAGAUCAGUGCCACCUUCACAAAGCCUAUCAAGUUGGAGUUUGAGAAAGUUUAUUGGCCAUAUCUGCUCAUCAGUAAAAAGAGAUACGCGGGGCUCUUGUGGACCAAGCCAGAGAAAUAUGAUAAAAUGGAUACCAAAGGAAUCGAGACUGUGAGAAGAGACAAUUGUCUGCUUGUAAAGAACCUGAUCACUGAGUGUCUUCAUAAAAUCCUCAUUGAUCGUGAUAUUCCUGGAGCUGUUCAGUAUGUCAAAAAUACAAUCUCUGACCUGCUCAUGAAUAGAAUGGACUUGUCUCUUCUUGUCAUCACAAAGGGUUUGACAAAGGCAGGGGAUGCGUAUGAAAGCAAAACUGCUCAUGUUGAGCUAGCUGAACGCAUGCGCAAGCGGGACGCUGCAACUGCUCCUACUGUUGGUGAUCGCGUUCCUUACGUCAUCAUUAAGGCAGCAAAGGGUGCAAAGGCGUAUGAGAAGUCAGAAGAUCCAAUCUAUGUUUUGGAGAAUAAUAUUCCGAUUGAUCCACAAUACUACUUGGAAAACCAGCUGAGUAAGCCCCUAUUGCGCAUUUUUGAUCCAAUUCUUAAAAACGCAAGCAAAGAAUUACUUCAUGGAUCUCAUACUCGAUCGGUCUCUAUAUCGACGCCUUCCAACGGCGGAAUUAUGAAGUUUGCAAAGAAGCGCGUCAGCUGCGCUGGUUGUAGGACCCCAAUCAGCAGCGAGGAGAAUCAAAUCCUGUGCAAACAUUGUCAGGGGCGUGAAGCUGAAUUAUAUCAGAAAACAGUUGCAAACGUGAGAGAUCUGGAACAGCUAUUCGGGAGGCUGUGGACACAAUGUCAGCGCUGUCAAGGUUCUUUACAUCAGGAUGUUCUAUGCACAAGCCGAGACUGUCCAAUAUUUUACAGGAGAAAAAAGGCACAAAAAGACUUGGGAGAGGCAGAGCUACAAUUAGAAAGAUGGGAUUUUUGAAGAACGACAAUUUUUUAGUUUCAUUUCUUGAUCGGACAACAGGAUCUGCGUUAUUGAACUUUAGUCUUGACGGCAACUGGUUGAAUACAGGACCACAUACCUUCUGUCACAGAGGAGAUGGGCCCUAGUUCCGAAGCCGGCUCCGGGGCCGGCUUUGGAGAGAAGAAUGUCCUAAUGCCAGUGGGCGCUGCUGCUGGAGCAGGCUUCACACGGUGUCUCAUAGCCCACUUUCGUAUUUCCUUCAGCUUCGCAUCCACGGUGAUGAUCUCGACGGGCAUGGACAUUUGCAGCACCAGCAGUGUCACAUAGGGUAUUACAAACUAAUGGCAAAAGUCGAGCUGCAUUUCACAUGUGUUGAAACUGUGACAGACAUUUGCUAUUCACAUUUGCCAAUAUACAGAUUUGAUCUCCUAGUAGAUGAAGAACUCUAUCUUUCCUGUACGAGUUACCCUGUCGUUACUCGUCUUUACACUGCAUGCCGUAGGCUUACAGCAGUAAGGAUCUGAUGCAUGUGUGCAAGGGAAGAAUCUUGCAUACUUGUGAUAUAAUGGCGCUUCUCCGCGGUUGAGAUAGUUUUUCUUCU